AUAAAGUCUCCCUAGUGGGGGCUGGGAGGAGCAGACCCAGGCUGUGGGGCCAGAGAGCCACACCACAGAAGCCCAGACCUCAAGCUCUGUCCAGCGGAGACCGGAGACCAUGGCGGAGGCAGAGGCCGUGCAGCUGAAGGAGGAAGGGAACGGGCACUUCCAGCGCCAGGACUACAAGGCCGCGGCCAGGAGCUACAGCCAGGCCCUGAAGCUGACCAAGGACAAGGCCCUGCUGGCCACGCUCUAUCGGAACCGGGCAGCCUGUGGCCUGAAAACGGAGAGCUACAUGCAGGCGGUGUCAGAUGCUUCCAGAGUGGAGCUCCGCGUGCAGUUCUCCACAGACUCCAGGGUGCAGACGAUGUUUGAGAUCCUCCUGGACGAGAACAGCGAGGCUGAGAAGCGCGAGAAGGCCGCCAACAACCUCAUUGUCCUCGGCCGUGAGGAUGCGGGCGCCGAGAGGAUCUUCCAGAACAACGGGAUGGCCCUGCUGCUGCGGCUCCUGGACUCCAAGAGGCCCGAGCUGGUGCUGGCCGCCGUGCGGACCCUGUCUGGAAUGUGUGCCGGCCACCGAUCCAGGGCCACAGCGAUUCUGCACGCAGUCCGGGUUGACCGAAUCUGCAGCCUCAUGGCCGUGGAGAACGAGGAGAUGUCUCUGGCCGUUUGCAACCUGCUCCAGGCCGUCAUUGACGCUCUGUCCGGGGAGGACAAGCAAGAGCUUCGAGGGAAGGAGGUGGCCCUGGUUUUGGAUACCAAGAAAGACCUGAAGCUCAUCACCAGCCACCUGCUGGACAUGCUAGUCAGUAAGAAGGUGUCCGGCCAGGGCAGGGAUCAGGCCCUGAAUCUGCUCAAUAAGAACGUGCCCAGGAAGGACCUCGCCAUUCACGACAACUCGCGCACCAUCUACGUGGUGGAUAAUGGGCUGAGAAAGAUCCUGAAGGUGGUGGGGCAAGUGCCUGACCUGCCGUCUUGCCUGCCCCUGACGGACAACACCCGCAUGCUCGCCUCCGUCCUCAUCAACAAGCUCUAUGACGACCUGCGCUGCGACCCCGAGCGCGAGCACUUCCGCAAGAUCUGCGAGGAGUACAUCACGAGCAAGUUUGACCCGCAGGACAUGGACAAGAAUGUGGGUGCCGUCCAGACGGUGUCGGGCAUCCUGCAGGGCCCCUUCGACCUGGGCAACCAGCUGCUGGGGCUGAAGGGCGUGAUGGAGGUGAUGGUGGCCCUGUGCGGCUCGGAGCGCGAGCAGGACCAGCUGGUGGCGGUGGAGGCCCUCAUCCACGCCUCCACCAAGCUCAGCCGCGCCAGCUUCAUCAUUACCAACGGCGUGGCGCUGCUCAAGGAGAUCUACAAGACCACCCAAAACGAGAAGAUCAAGAUCCGCACGCUGGUGGGCCUUUGUAAGCUUGGCUCUGCGGGCGGCACAGACUACGGGCUCCGGCAGUUUGCUGAAGGGUCCACAGAGAAGCUGGCUAAGCAGUGUCGCAAAUGGCUGUGCAAUGCAGCCAUCGACACCCGGACCCGGCGCUGGGCGGUGGAAGGCAUGGCCUACCUCACGCUGGAUGCUGACGUGAAGGACGACUUUGUCCAGGACAUCCCUGCCCUGCAGGCCAUGUUUGAGCUGGCUAAGACCAGCGACAAGACCAUCCUGUACUCCGUGGCCACCACCUUGGUCAACUGCACCAACAGCUACGACGUCAAGGAGGUCAUCCCGGAGCUGGUGCAGCUGGCCAAGUUCUCCAAGCAGCACGUGCCUGAGGAGCACCCCAAGGACAAGAAGGACUUCGUAGACAUGCGGGUGAAGCGGCUGCUGAAGGCCGGCGUCAUCUCUGCACUGACCUGCAUGGUGAAGGCCGACAGCGCCAUCCUCACAGACCAGACCAAGGAGCUGCUGGCCAGGGUGUUUCUGGCACUGUGUGACAACCCGAAGGACAGAGGUACCAUCGUGGCCCAAGGUGGUGGCAAGGCCCUGAUUCCCCUGGCCCUGGAGGGCACCGACGUGGGCAAGGUGAAGGCAGCUCAUGCCCUCGCAAAGAUCGCUGCCAUCUCCAACCCGGACAUUGCCUUUCCAGGGGAGCGAGUGUAUGAGGUUGUGCGGCCCCUGGUGCGUCUCCUGGACACGGAAAGGGAUGGGCUGCAGAACUACGAGGCCCUCCUGGGCCUGACCAACCUGUCGGGGCGCAGUGACAAGCUCCGGCAGAAGAUCAUCAAGGAGAGGGCCCUGCCAGACAUUGAGAACUACAUGUUCGAGGAUCAUGACCAGCUGCGGCAGGCGGCCACGGAGUGCAUGUGCAACAUGGUGGUCAACAAGGAGGUACAGGAGAGGUUCCUGGCCGAUGGGAACGACCGGCUGAAGCUGGUGGUGCUGCUCUGCGGGGAGGAGGAUGACAAGGUGCAGAACGCAGCCGCUGGAGCCCUGGCCAUGUUGACAGCGGCACAUAAGAAACUCUGCCUCAAGAUGACACAAGUGACAUCCCAGUGGUUAGAGAUCCUACAGCGACUGUGCCUGCAUGACCGGCUGUCCGUCCAGCACCGGGGCCUGGUCAUCGUCUACAACCUCCUGGCAGCCGAUGCUGAACUGGCCAAGAAGCUGGUGGAGAGCGAGCUGCUGGAGAUUCUGACGAUCGUGGGCAAGAUGGAGCCCGACAAGCAGAAAGAGGAGGUGAUCCAGACGGCCCGGGAAUGCCUCAUCAAGUGCAUGGAUUACGGCUUCAUUAAACCCAUGUCCUAGAUGGGGGGCCUGCAGGGGUCUGAGCUGGCUCCUCCCCCAUCAGUUCAGCUAGUGCUCAACACACCGGAAAGUCUGUUUGUUCCCUGAGUUGGGACCCUUGCCCUCUGCCCUGGGAGCUUCUGUGAUUCAAAGGCUCCCUUGCUCUGUGCCUCCUUCCCACCGCUUGUCCCAGAAAGCCCCAGCGUGACUUUCACUGCUGGCUGGAAGAGAA